AUGACUAGCCUCUCAGACUUUAGCCUCCUCUCAUUCGAUGUCUAUGGCACCCUGAUCGACUGGGAAACUGGCGUUAUCGAUGCUCUCGAACCCUUGAUAGGAGCCCGCAAAGACGAGUUCAAUAGAGACCAGCUCUUGAAAGUCUACGCCGAGGCCGAAGCCGCCCAGCAGGAGGCCACUCCUGACAUGCAGUACUCUGAUCUUCUUGCAACCAUCCACCCCAAGGUUGCAGAUAAACUCUUCCUUCCUGAACCAACCGCAGAACAAAACGAGGCCUUUGGCAACUCCAUUGGUUCGUGGCCCGCAUUUCCCGACACUGUCGAUGCUCUCCAUCGCCUCAACAAGCACUACAAGCUUGUUGUUCUGUCAAACGUCGACCGCGAGUCCUUCUCCAGAAGCAACUCAGGGCCUAUGCAAGGCGUCCCAUUCGAUUUGGUAAUCACGGCUCAAGACGUGGGCAGCUAUAAGCCUGACUUGCAGAACUUCCAAUACCUUCUGCGUGAGGUCAGGAACAAGUUUGGGAUCUCCAAGGAGAAAGUGCUUCAGACUGCUCAGAGUCAGUUCCACGAUCACCGACCGGCCAAGACUCUGGAUAUCAAGUCGUGCUGGAUUGAGAGGCCUGGCGCUUUGAUGGGGAACCGUGAAUGCCCUAUCUAUGAUUGGAAGUUUGCUACGCUUGGAGAUAUGGCGGAUGCUUUGGAGAAGGAAAUUGCUGGUAGAUAA